AUGACCUCUGAGGACGAAGAUUAUUUCCUCCCACCGGAGCAACAACGCCCCUUCAGCUCCGGCAUCCGGCGAAAACCCGUUCAGUUCGUGCGCUCCUCCAAUCUAGACACAACAACAGCCCCAACUCCCUCCUCUUCCUCCGGCACCAGCAUCGCAGACACAUAUCUUUCUAUUGUGAUGGGCCAACCAGCCGCAAGUACAUCACCGAGUACACCAACCCAGCGCGCACCCUCACCACCAAUCCGCACACACUCCGCGCCACCAACUCGAGACAUAACCCCCCCGCCUCCACCUACAGGGCCCGCGCCCGCAACUACAGAAUACUGCGAAGUGUGCCACGUACCUGUCCCCAAAGCCACAGCAAAUACAACAGACAAAAAGCCACUUCCCCACGAAGCCUCACUCGUGCACCAGUUCUGUCUCGCUCACUCACACCCGCCAUCGCACCUCGACCGCACACGCUCAGGUUUCCGAUACCUCUCUACCUACGGCUGGGAUCCUGAUAGCAGACUUGGGCUUGGCGCAUCGGGCCGUGAGGGGAUCCGCGAACCUAUCAAACCCCAUGCCAAGCAUGGUACGGCUGGACUGGGGACUGGGCUUGAUCGGGAUGGAGAUCCGUUGCCGCCUAGACCUGCGCCGGUGAAGGCGCAGAAGCUUAAUGCUAAGCAGGUGCGGAAUAAGAUUGCGGAGGAUAAGAAAAAGGCGGAGAAGAUGAGGAAGGCUUUUUAUCAAAAUGAUGAGGUUUUGAAGUAUCUCGGGAAGGGGGCUUAG